AUGGCAACCCAAGUCUUGGAAUGUGGCGGGGUCGUGACGUAUCAAUUCCUUUGUGGCACGGAGAUAGCCAAGGAGGAUCGCUUUGCGAAGCAGAUGGCCAACUACUGCUACCUGGUGGUAAACACGUUGGAUCGCUCAGCCAUUGCAGUUGAUGCGGUCUGGGACGUACGAGGCCUGCAUCAACUGGCCGCUGAGCUGGGGGUGCGCUGCCUAAUCUGUUCUGUACAUAUGAGACGUGCGGGGUGA